AUGACUUCGGAAGGAUGUGAGGAUGCAAUAAAAGAAGCAGAGCCUAUCGGAAAUGCUACUGCUACUCCAGCUUCUUCUAUAUCUACUGACAAAUCCCCCAGGCCAAACGCAUUUGCCGCACUGAUGUCAAACUCGCGUUCUAAACGUCCCAUCUCAUCUUCAACAUCCCCUCCUCCCCCGAAAAAGAUUGAGACUUCAACCUCUUUCUUGCUUGGCCGUGCGGGCCUGGGGGUUUACCUGUCGAAUCCAUCAUCGCACCCUUCCUCACGCGUCAUCUACCAUACCCAUUCAUUCGUAGCAAUUCAUGAUCUAUAUCCCAAAUCCUCGGUACACACAUUACUUAUUCCUCGAGAUGAUAAAUGGAGUGGUAUGCACCCCAUUACCGCAUUGUCCAAACCCGAAUUUCUCGAAAUGGUCAGACCGGAAGUGGAAAAGUUAAAAGGGAUAGUUGCAUCAGAGUUACGUCGGAGAUACGGAUCAGGCUCAGCACAAGAUAUCCAAAGGGAAAGAAUAUUGAAUGGAGAAGUCGAUCUGGAUGAUGAUGCUGAAAUGCCAGAAGGUAGAGAUUGGGAGAAGGAGGUUAUGGUUGGAGUGCACAUGCAUCCAUCCAUGGAUCAUCUUCAUAUUCAUGUCCUAUCCGUGGAUCGUCAUUCUUCAAGUAUGAAGAAGCGGAAACAUUACAACUCGUUUGCUACACCAUUCUUCGUUAAUUUAUCGGAAUUUCCCCUAUCGAAGGAGAGGCAAGAAGCCCUGGAUAGAAAAGGUCAGGGUAAGGCAUGGCUAGAGGACGAUAUGAAAUGCUGGUAUUGUGGUAUACAUUUUGGGAAUAAAUUUGCUAGGUUGAAGGAGCAUUUAGGGUUGGAGUUUAAUGAAUGGAAAGGAAAAUAG